AAGCAAAUGCAAGGCGAAAAUCUCACCAGUUGGAGUUUUUUUUUCCUGGAAGGUUUUUCUAGAUACCCAAAGUUAGAGAUUGUUCUCUUCGUCUUCAGCCUUGUAAUGUGUCUGAUAACCCUCUUGGGCAACAGCACUCUUAUUUUAAUCACUGUCCUAGAUUCAUGCCUUCAAACUCCCAUGUACUUGUUCCUUGGAAAUCUCUCUUUCAUGGAUAUUUUAACAUCUGCUUCUGCUCCCACUUUGCUGGUGAACUUGCUGUCAUCCCAGAAAACCAUCAUCUUUUCUGGGUGUGCUGUACAGAUGUAUCUGUCCCUUGCUCUGGGCUCCGAGCAAUGCCUGUUCCUGGCUGUGAUGGCGUAUGACCAUUACGUGGCCAUUUGCAAGCCGCUGAGAUACCCCAUCAUCAUGAACAGGCAGGUCUGUGUGCAGAUGGCCACUGUCUCCUGGGUGAUGGGCUCUCUGAUAGCCCUGCUGGAAACCAGCUUCGCCCUGCAGAUACCCCUUGGGAAUUUCAUCCAUCACUUCAAGUGUGAAAUUCUGGCAGUGCUGAAGCUAGCUUGCACAAGGUCAUUGGUCAUGGACACGAUCAUGCUGGUGGUCAGCGUGCUCCUUCUGCCCGUUCCAAUGCUCUUAAUUUGCAUCUCUUAUGUCGUCAUCCUUUCCACUAUUCUGAGAAUCAGCUCAGCAGAGGGAAGAAACAAAGCUCUUUCUACCUGGGGUGCUCACUCAACUGUGGUGUUCUUGUAUUAUGGGGCUUCACUCUCCAUGUACCUAAAGCCUUCUUCAUCAGGCUCACAAGAAAUAGAUAAAAUCAUCUCGUUGCUUUAUGGAGUUCUUACCCCUACGCUGAACCCCAUAACUUACAGUUUAUGUGCUGUGAAAAAGUGCUGGGCCAAAUAUACUUGCAGCAAAUACAGGAAAAUCUCUGACUGGGGGCCUGCGGUUUCACCAGGGGUAUGCUCCUGGCAGAACUCACCAGAGAGAUUCAAGACAAUACACUCACCCUUAGAACACCGACUUGAACUUGAGUUCUUUCAUCUUACAGCUGUGAGAUAG